AAUUGAAAAAGCUUCUGCCCUUUGAUCGGUAAAACUUCGGUUGGUAAAGGUAACUUUUACCUGUCCCGAAAAAAAGAGGAAGGCAAAAUGACCAAUAUUUACCUCAAGCAAGCAUAAUUUGUUCAAAAAUGUCUCCUCCUUCACAAAGCACAUAAAUUCAGCAAAAUAACUCACAAAGCAAUGUCGUGCUGUUCCACAUUGCUCCUUCCUUCUACUUUUUUAAUAUUACGUCCAGUGUCUGGGUCAGUAAAGUUGUAUCUAAUUUAAAACUUUUGUUACUUGGUAAUUACAUAUUGGAUAUUUAAUUGUUUUCGAAUCUUUUUUGGCUAAUAAGCUUUUUUAGAUAAAAUUUAAAAUGUUUUCUCUUCCACUUGAAGUUCAGCUUGAUAUAUUGAAAUGUCUUGAUUUCAACCAAUUAUUUUCUGUUAAACAAACAAAUUUUUACCUUUUCAAUUUAAUUAAUGAAUAUGAGGGGGAAUUGGCACGAAAGAAAUUUAAUAUUCUCUGUCUAUGGAAGACAGCGAUAGAUAAAUCAAUUCCGUUGGUUUUAGAUAAAUUAGGAUCUGAAAGCGACUUUCUUGUUUAUAUUGAGAAAACACCUCACUAUUUAUUUAACAAGGAAAAAAACUAUUUUCUAAAAUUGCCAAACAUUCCAAAAAAUAUUGAAGAAAUGAUUAUUGUUCGAUGUUGUUAG